AUGGCCCGAACGCCCAAUGUACAUCAUAUUCUUUUCAGAAUGGCUGACGAGGACGGUACGCAUAAUCAGAUUCAUACAGCAGUGAGAAAUACAGGAGAUCAGCAGAAGACCAUAUCUGUGGCAAUUUUGGUAGCUGGGGCGCCACCAAAAGAGUUGGUUGAGAAGUACGGCGGCUUCGAGGUCAUGUUCCGCAAUACUCUGGCGGAGGCGAUGGCCCACAUUCCGCGUCACAAGUGGCACCCAAAAAUUUCUUUGCACCUGCAAGCCUUCAAUGUCCUAGAAGCAGAAUUUCCUGACAUUGCUCAGCUCGAUGACGGCUUGUGGGAUGCUGUUAUCGUGACUGGCAGCCCAGCCUCGGCCACCACGGAAAAUGUUCUGUGGAUGGAUGUGCUGGGAAAGUAUUUGCAGCACUUGGUUCUAGAGCACCCGCUAGUCCGUAUAAUCGGCGUUGGAUUCGGUCACCAGCUUAUUGCUCGUGCCUUUGGAGCCCAGAUCGCUCGCGACAAAGACCAUGCAGAGGCUCUCCAACAAGCACACACUGAUCGGGUCAUUCAACCGCCGUCACCUGUCGAAGGCGAUCCUUGGAUCGUCCUGGGUGGAAACGAAGCAACUGACAUUCAAGGGCUCGCCUUGCGCUACCCAUCUGAGGCGCCCCCUCUACCAUCAUCCGUUAAAACCUCGUCAUUCGUGGUCUUUGACGUAGAUGACAUGGUUACAAAUGCUUCCGGGCCAAUGCCCGUGCGCGGAGUCCACGUUCUGACUUUGCAGGGACAUCCCGAAUACAAUAAUCAAGUUGCGCAAGAUCUCAUUCGUGUCUUAGCGUCAGAAGGAGUGAUCGAUCAUUCCAGCCAGGUCGAAAGAUUCGGGCUGCUUCCGCAAACCUCUCCGUCAGACGGACUGGCGAAACGCCUUUGGCUUGCACCGGCCCUGCCAGCCCCUUACAAAUGGCUGAAUGUGCCAUUACGUGCGUUGACAGCGGACCGAUGGCCCGGAUACAUUCCUUCAUGGUCGCCGUCGAACAUGGACUCCUUUCAUGUCAUGUUUCCUUCGGAGCUUCGCGAGAUUCUUUUGCGGAACCCAGCCUUAAAACACUCGUCGCAAUGGUCCAUGGCCAUUCUGGCAACAGCUACUGUUGUGACGAGUGCUAUGGCCAUUUACUAUUAUGCCCAGUAUAACGGAUAUGAGACCAACAUCAGUCAGCUCAUUUCAUCUCUCAGUAAUCAAGAAUCCAGCUGGGCCUCUUUUUCGUUGUCUAUGUUUCAAGAACAGGACUCAGAUGACGAACCAUAUGAUGAUGAUGAUGAGCAUGUGGAUGCAGAAUUAAUGGAUGGGUUCGAAAAGAAUAUGCGAAGCGGAUCACUAAGUGUGCGCUUGGUGAGCGCCGACCCCACAAGCCAGCUUUCGUAUGCCCCUAUCCAUAUGGAUUUAUGCCGAGGUAAAACAUCCCGUGUAUCGUCGCAAGAUCCCUUGCAGCGUAAGGACCUUGCAGAGUCAUUGGUGUCGCCAUUCAAGAGCUCAUCGAUCCUGAAGCGAGAGAGCCAGUCGUUUUCCUCUCAGCUUUUGUGUGACCCUCGGACGUUGUACGAACUCCCACGGCACCGUCGCCGUAUGGCUCGGCAUUUGAUCCAUGAUCCUUGGGACUGUCUAUCUCCACCUCCUGUGGCCUUGAAGGACUAUUUUACGACAACAGACAAUGGAACUGGCGUUGUCGCCGACGAACAGGUCCUUGCAUCGAGGCGAGAAUCAGCUAAUCUUCCUCUCUGUAAAGCUAUUGAUCGCAAGGUGGCAUUUAAAGAGCCUGACUGGGUACCUUAUAUUGACACUCAUGGCAGAGCGCGACAGCGUGCUGUGGUGGCUAUUUUGGCGCGCACAAUCAUGGACACUCCCUCGGGUUCGUCGACCCCUUCCACGCCCGCAGAGGAGAUUGGCAAAGAUAUUUUCAUGCAGACCUUGCCUACUGUUUCGCCAGAAGAGCUGGGAGAUGGUGCAGAAUUCUGGUUUGAAAGAUUCACGCGUGCAACGGCGGCGGGAGGUAAACACUGGGAUUUCCGUCGGCGGCAAAAUGAACCCGCGGAACAUUUCAAUUCGAACAUAUUCGACGAGCUUUUGACUCCUGAAAAUGUGCGGAUGAAAUGCGCAUCGCCGGUACCUUCGCUGCCGCUCUCUCGAACAACUUUAGAUUCCGACUUCACCUCUUCAUCGGAUUCAAAUGACUCUCAUAUGGAUAUUUCUGCCUCGACUGCUAGGUGCUGGAAACCUAGCUCAGUUUUGGCGAAGCGCAAGCAUGACAUUGAGUGCGACAAUGCGGCAUUGGAACUUUCGCUUCCGGGUGAAAAGCGUUGGACUGGUACGGAAGUAACUAAUUCCUCUUGCGUUUAG